AGAUCGGCAUUGGCCUCGGCGAGAGCCUGCGAGAAGACUGCCCGCCGAUGUCGGUGUCUUUGGCAAGCAUCUUGGACGAGGAUCUUGACGACCACCUUGACGAGCAUCUUGACGACCACUUUGACAACCGCCUUGCACUCCCCCCCCCGACAACGUCUCGGCUGUGAUCUCGGCCGCCCACCCUCGCCAUGGUCAACACCGCCGAUCUGUACUCGCUGGCAGUCGCCCUCCGCCAGGUCGGAUGCUCGCUGGCAUCCCUGGGCCAGAGAUCAUGGACCAUCCAUGCUCCCAUCGUCGCCCGCUCUUCGCUCACACGAUGGGCUCCCGGCCCUGCAUCGCUUGCCCAGCAUCCGUCGGGUCUGUCAGCGGUCGGCAGCCCUCCAAAUGCCCUGCAAGACAACCGCCCCAGUGCUCCAAGCUCGCCAGCCACGAUCCAACAUGAUACGGCAUCCGUCCGCAGCCAUUCCGAUGCAGAUCGCAGCCAGCCGCCCGCACCCGAGCCGAUCUCGCCUGCAGCCGAGCCAGAUAUCCAACGCAAGACGACCCCACUGCUUCCCCGGCCAACGCUCCAACAGUCCAAGGUUCCAUCGUCGCGAUUCGGUCGAGUGUUUGAGUACGGAAGUCUCGCCGCAUCUGUGAGUGUCGGUGUUGCAGGCGAAGCUCUGAAGCGCGCAGUGGGGGCUUCUCAAGAGAAAGGCUCGAGCGUGGUGCUCAACUCCAAGAAUGUCGAGCGAAUUGUCAAUAGCCUAUCUAGGAUGCGUGGAGCCGCGCUAAAGCUUGGGCAGAUGCUGAGCAUCCAGGAUUCGACCAUGAUACCGCCGGAGCUAGAGGCGAUCCUGCUCAGGGUUCAAAACAGCGCCAACUACAUGCCAGACUCGCAGCUGGAGCGAGUCAUGAGGACCGAAUUUGGAGACGAGUGGCGAUCGCAGUUUCAGUCCUUUGACAAUGUUCCGAUUGCGGCAGCUUCGAUCGGCCAAGUGCAUCAUGCCGUGCUGCCCGACGGCCGCGAAGUGGCCGUCAAAAUCCAGUACCCCGGCGUCGCCGACUCGAUCGAAAGCGACCUGAACAACCUGCGGAUGCUGAUCAUGUUCGGCAACCUGCUGCCGAAGGGCAUGUACCUGGAAAACACAAUCAAGGUUGCGCGGAUGGAGCUGGGCUGGGAGUGCGACUACCGGCGCGAGGCCGAGUCUGUGGAGCGCUUUGCCGAGAUCAUCAAGUCGGAUCGCCAUCUGCGGUCAUUCUUCAAUGUGCCGCGAGUGAUCCCGGAGCUGUCCUCGCAGCAUGUCAUCACCACCGAGUUUGUGCAUGGUCUGCCUCUUGGCAAGGUCGCCGAGAUGAGCCCCGAGAUCCGCAACGAGGUCUCGCAAAAGCUUCUCAGGCUGUGUCUUUCGGAGCUGUUCACAUACCGCUUCAUGCAAACCGACCCGAACUGGACCAACUUUUUGUACGAUCCCAACGAAAACAAGAUCCACCUGCUCGACUUUGGCGCCGCGCGAGAGUUCCCCAAAUCCUUCACAGACAAGUACAUGCGACUGCUGACAGCGGCCGCGAAUGGCGACUUCAAGGGCUGCGUCUACUGGUCGGAGCAGCUGGGCUUCCUGACAGGGCUGGAGAGCGAGACGAUGCAACGGGCCCACGUCGAGUCGAUCUUGGCUCUGGCCGAGCCGUUCCGUCAAGACGGCGCCGGGCUCUUUGACUUUGAUCGGCAGGACAUCACCAAUCGGGUCCGCGGGCAAAUCCCGGUGAUGCUGCGGGAGCGACUGACGCCGCCGCCGGACGAGACGUACUCGCUGCACCGCAAGCUGAGCGGGUUCUUCCUGCUGUCGUCCAAGCUCCGGGCCAAGAUCGACUGCAAGAGCGUCUUUGCGGAAUUCCAUCGCAGCUACCCGUUCACCGACUGAACCGACCGAACCGACCGAACCGCUGAGCAAGAGUGGGGAUGCGAGGUGCAUACAAGCACCAGUGUCGCAAAUUCAGGGCAUCCCCUUGGUGCAGUCCACCCGGUGCAUCCCGCUGUCCAGGCUCAAGACGAGGCCCACCAAGCAAGAGAGAAAAAAAGAUUUGUUGACGAGAUGUACCUGAGU